AUGGCCGCUCGUUUCCUCGUACUCCUCUUCUUGGCCACCUUGGUCCCCUCCUCCUCCACGUCCACCUCACUCGCCACCAACGCCACCGCCGCCGGCGGCGACAAUGCCACCACCUUCAGCUUCUCCAGCUUCCCCGUCGAUGUCCGGGGAGUCAACGUGACGGUGGUCGGCGACGCCGACGUCAACGGCGACGCGCUCCAGAUCACCCCCGACACGCUCAACGACGCCUCGCGCUACCUCACCAACAAGUCCGGCCGCGUCCUGUACGCCACCCCGUUCAGGCUCUGGCGCCGGGAGGGCGGCGGGGCGGCGAACGGCGCCGGCGGGAAGAAGGUCGCGUCGUUUAGCACCGUGUUCACCAUCAACGUGUUCCGGCCCAACGGCACGGUUCCCGGGGAGGGGUUCGCGUUCAUCAUCGCACCGUCGGCCGCCGCGCCGCCCGCCGGGAGCGCCGGCGGGUUCCUCGGCCUCACCAACGCCGCCACCGACGGCAAUGCCGCGAACCAGAUCGUCGCCGUGGAGCUCGACACCGAGAAGCAGCCGUAUGACCCGGACGACAACCACAUCGGGCUCGACGUGAACGGCGUCGUCUCCGUCGCCAACGCCUCGCUCGCGCCGCUGGGAAUCGAGAUCUCGCCGGUGAAGCCCGUCAAGUACGACGUCUGGAUCGACUACGACGGCGCCGCCCGCCGCAUGAAGGCGUACAUGGCGGUGACCGGCAAGCCGAAGCCCGCAUCGCCGGUGCUCGACGCGCCGCUCGACCUCGGCGCCACCGUGGCCGAACGGUCCUACUUCGGGUUCUCGGCGUCGACGGGGUUCAGGUACCAGCUCAACUGCGUCCUGGCGUGGAACAUGACGGUGGAGAAGCUCCCCAGCGACGGCGACCACGGCAAGAGCCUCACGCUAGCCCUAACCAUCGGGGUACCCGUCGGGGCGGUGGCGCUCGCCGCCGCCGCCGCCGCACUGGGGUACUGGCUCUGCGUUGUCAAGCGGCGGAAGGUCCACGGCGACGACCCGAGCGCCAUCACCGGCACGAUGAUCCGGAGCCUCGCCGGCGGCCCCCGCGAGUUCGACUACCGGGAGCUCAGGAAGGCGACGAACAACUUCGACGAGAGGAUGAAGCUGGGGCAGGGCGGGUACGGGGUGGUGUACCGCGGCGCGGUGGUCGGCGACCACACGAGCCCCGGCGGCGCCGGGAGCACGGUGGAGGUGGCGGUCAAGAAGUUCUCGCGGGCCAGCACGCAGGGGCAGAACGACUUCCUCGCCGAGCUCAGCAUCAUCAACCGCCUCCGCCACAAGCACCUCGUCCGCCUCGUCGGGUGGAGCCACGACAAUGGCGAGUUGCUGCUGGUGUACGAGUACAUGCCGAACGGGAGCCUGGACCAGCACCUGUUCGGCGCGGCGCCGGGGCGGCGGCUGCUGGAGUGGGACCUCCGGUACAGCAUCGUCGCCGGCGUGGCGUCGGCGCUGCACUACCUGCACGACGAGUACGACCAGAAGGUGGUGCACCGCGACCUCAAGGCCUCCAACGUCAUGCUCGACGCCGCCUUCAGCGCCCGCCUCGGCGACUUCGGCCUCGCCCGCGCCAUCGAGACGGACAAGACCUCGUACAUGGAGGAGGCCGGCGGCGGCGUCCACGGCACCGUCGGCUACAUCGCGCCGGAGUGCUUCCACACGGAGAAGGCCACGCGCAACUCCGACGUCUACGCCUUCGGCGCCGUCGUCCUCGAGGUGGUCUGCGGCCGCCGCCCGCGCUGCGACAUCGACGGCUUCAGCUUCCUCGUCGACUGGGUGUGGCGCCUCCACCGCGACGGCCGCGUCCUCGACGCCGUCGACCCGCGGCUCGCGGGCGCGUUCGACGCCGACGACGCCGAGCGGCUGCUCCUCCUCGGCCUCGCCUGCAGCCACCCGACCCCGGCCGAGCGCCCCAAGACGAUGGCCAUCACCCAGAUCCUGCUGCGCUCCACGCCGCCGCCGGAGGUGCCGCCGUUCAAGCCGGCGUUCGUGUGGCCGGCCAUCGACGGCGGCCUGGACACGAUGACGUCCACCGCGUCCAGCCACGUCAGCACGAACAUGACGUCGACGUCGACGUGGAGCGGUAACUUCGUGAGGGGGAGCCGGAGCCACGCGCCGCCGGAGCAAGACGCCUCCGACUCCGUGGUGUGA